AUGCAGUGGGCCGAAGGGGGCGGCUCGCAGUCUGGAGAGCAGGUGGCGGCGCGGGUCAGGGCGAACAGCGAGCACCGCAGAAGGGCUGCCCCGCCCUGCCGCCGACCCGCGGAGCCCGGGCCGGGCCUCGCCCCACGGCGGGCGCUGGGCGGGAGCCGGCGGUGCGCCCCGCGGCAGGGACAGGGGCCGGCGGUCCCGGGGCGCGGUGCUGCGCCGCGCCAGCCCGGAGCUCCCGGGCCGCCGGGCGGGAGGAAAAGGGCCGCUUCCGCAGGGGAGAAUCCCGGGGGUCUCGCGCCACCCCAGCCGGUGACCUACCUGGGCGCGGAGCAGAGGAGAGGCGAGGAGCCAGCGGCAGAGGGGCGCGGGCCGAGCCGCCGCCGCGGAGGUCUGCCCUGUCCGCCGCCCGCCCACCCGGCCGGGCCGCUGCUACCUGAAGCGCAGGGCCGCGCGGCCAACAGGAAAGGAAACUUGAGAGAGCCCGGGGCGCGGCGGCCUCCGCCCUGUCCCUCGGCCGGAAAAGCGCCCGCCGCAGCCGGGGGUCAGGUCCAGCCCGGCUCGCCUCCGCGGUCACCCCCGGGCCCCAAAGCGUUCCUCACGAUGUUCGGAUCUUCCCAGACCUCCUCCCCUGCCGGGACUUGUCCCAAGGAGAGAUUCUGGGGUCAGCGCCCCCAAACAGGUGACUUACUCCCUGGAGCUGAACUGACACACUCUCUCCUCCAACCCUGUGCUCUGCCUUACACACCCGCCCCUCUAAGUCCGGAUUGA